GCACUUGCGACUCGUCUGCGGCGAUAGGAAAGAAGAGGAGAGAGACAGAGAGCCUCACCUCCUCAAACAGCGAGUGAGGUAGGGAAAAAAAGAGACGGAACAGCCCUAAGGAAGAGAGGAAGCCGUGGAGUUAACGGAGAGGCAGCGUGCGGCUCGGAGCUCCAGCGAGGAGUGCUUUUUAUUUUGCGUGCGCUUUAUUAUAAAGUGUCUGAUAUCCACACAGAUUCGACAUGUCAUCGUCCGGCAAAGACAACAGCGGUGCCCAGCACGCCAAUUACGUGGGACCUUACCGCUUGGAGAAGACGCUGGGGAAAGGACAGACAGGGCUGGUCAAGCUCGGAGUCCACUGUGUAACAUGCCAGAAAGUCGCCAUAAAGAUUGUGAACCGUGAGAAGCUCAGCGAGUCAGUACUAAUGAAGGUGGAGCGAGAAAUAGCUAUACUGAAGCUCAUAGAACACCCGCAUGUUUUAAAGCUACAUGAUGUCUACGAAAAUAAAAAAUACUUGUACCUUGUGCUAGAACAUGUGUCUGGUGGUGAACUGUUUGAUUACUUGGUGAAGAAAGGCCGGUUAACGCCUAAAGAAGCCAGGAAAUUCUUCAGACAAAUCAUGUCUGCUCUGGAUUUUUGCCACAGUCAUUCUAUAUGUCACAGGGAUUUAAAGCCAGAGAACCUCUUGUUAGAUGAAAAGAACAACAUCAGGAUAGCAGAUUUUGGCAUGGCCUCCCUUCAGGUUGGAGACAGUCUGUUGGAAACCAGCUGUGGAUCUCCACAUUACGCAUGUCCAGAGGUCAUCAGGGGAGAGAAGUAUGAUGGGAGGAAAGCAGACGUCUGGAGCUGCGGGGUUAUUCUUUUUGCUCUUUUGGUGGGUGCCCUGCCGUUUGAUGAUGACAACCUAAGGAAUCUUCUGGAGAAGGUGAAGUUGGGAGUGUUUCAUAUGCCACACUUCAUCCCUCCAGACUGUCAGAACCUCCUCCGCGGCAUGAUUGAAGUGGAUGCCACCAAAAGACUAACGUUAGAACAGAUCCAGAAGCAUACAUGGUACAUGCUGCAGACUGUGGAUUUAAAGGAAGCUCUUUGUAUGGGAGGGGGGAAGAACGAACCAGAACCAGAGCAGCCAGUGCCCAGAAAAGUCACCAUCAGGAGCCUUCCCUCUGCAGACGACAUCGACCCAGACGUACUGGACAGCAUGCACUCCCUGGGCUGCUUCAGAGACAAAAACAAACUUCUGAAAGACCUGCUCUCAGAUGAAGAGAACCAAGAAAAGAUGAUCUACUUCUUGUUACUGGAUCGCAAGGAGAGGUACCCGAGUCAGGAGGACCAGAACCUUCCACCUCGCAAUGAGAUUGAUCCCCCAAAGAAACGGGUGGACUCGCCCAUGUUGAACCGUCAUGGCAAGAGGAGACCAGAGAGGAAGUCCAUGGAGGUUCUCAGUGUCACAGAUGGAGGCUCACCUGUUCCAGCCAGGAGGGCCAUCGACAUGACACAGCACGGACAAAGUAAAUCAGUGUACAGUAAAAGCUUGGAUAUUCCUGACGCCAGAACAAAAUGCAGCAAAGAAGAAAGGUCACGGUCUAUUAGUGGAGCCUCCUCCGGCCUCUCCACCAGCCCGCUUAGCAGCCCACGGCCUGUCAGAAAGUUUUGUGUGCCACCUCAGUCUCCAGACCUGUCCCAGUCCCCUAAUACCAGCCCCUGUCCAUCUCCCGAACCGGUUCUGAAUCGCUCAGGCCCUCAUAUUUCCAGCCCAAACUCGCUGGCUCCAAACAGCGAACCCCUGCCAGGAGCGCUCAACAAGACACAAACACUCCCCGCCAAGCCCAGUAUCGCUCCAAAGCCUCUCCAAGCCACACGAUCAAACCCUCUCCCCGAAGCUUCUCCUGAUCCAGCAUCGGCAGCCAUAUCAGAACCCUCCAGUCCCUGCCAGCCUCCAUCGAAGCCACCCUCUGCCUCUGUGCCUCCAACCCCUACUUCUCCAUCCUCUCCAUCCUCCCCAACCCCCUUUUUCUCCUCCACCUCCAUGACUGGUGCUCCAUUCUCAAACAGCCCCCAGGUACGACGCUCCCAUUACAGUGGAAACCCCCAGCUCUCUGUGCCCUUCAGCCCCGCUGUGCCCCAGUCACCCAUCCGGCUACACCAUUUUCACCCAGUUGCACCAGUCCUUUCUCCAUUAACUGACCACCCACCCAAAUCUAUCCCCCUGAUACAGGUUACCCCUCACCCCUCCCCUAGAGGCAGCCCCCUCCCCACCCCAAAGGGCACUCCGGUGCACACUCCCAAGGACAGCCCAGCUGGGACACCAACUCCAACGCCGCCCCCAAGCCCUUCCAUUGGUGGCAUGCCUUGGAGGACGCGCCUCAACUCCAUCAAGAACAGCUUUUUAGGCUCACCACGCUUCCACCGCAGGAAACUCCAAGUUCCAACACAAGAGGAGAUGUCCAGCCUCACACCAGAGUCUUCCCCAGAACUUGCCAAAAAAUCCUGGUUUGGUAACUUCAUCAGCCUGGAAAAAGAGGAGCAGAUCUUCAUCGUUAUCAGAGACAAGCCUCUCAGCUCGAUCAAAGCGGACAUCGUUCAAGCCUUCCUCUCGAUUCCCAGCCUGAGCCACAGCGUGAUCUCUCAGACCAGUUUCCGAGCAGAGUACAAGUCCACAGCCGGCCCCACAGUCUUCCAGAAGCCGGUCAAAUUUCAGGUGGAUAUCACCUACACGGAGAGCACAGCAGCCACGAAAGAGAACGGCAUCUACUCCGUCACCUUCACCCUGCUCUCAGGUCCAAGUCGGCGUUUUAAACGAGUGGUCGAGACGAUUCAAAGCCAAUUGUUAAGCACACACGAUCAGCCUGGAGUCCAACAGCUGUCAGGCAGCCCAUUGAGUAACUUCUUUGACGUAAUUAAACAACUUUUUUCAGACGAGAAGAACGGACAGGUGCCGUACUCCCCUGGCACGCCCUCCAAGCACUGCCCCUCACCUAUGCACGUCCGGAGGCACGAGUCAGAAAAUAAUGACAUCAAAUUCCCAGCUGCCGGCCGAGACAGAGCCAAGUUGUCGGUGGCAUCUAUUGGGACACUGGAGGAGUCUUAGACUGUGUAGUUGAACCAGUGCGGCACUUUUCCAGCUCCAUCAUGCACCAUUUUUGUAUAAAAUGACUUUAUAUGAUAAAAAUACAUUGACAAAAAUCAAAGAAAUAUUUUACCGACACCAUAUCGCACCUUCAUAGCAGACACCAAGUCCUGUUUUGUCACUCGACCCUUCCAUCUCCCCUCAGUGUCCGUCAUUAACCACCCCUCGACCCUAACCAUAAAAUUGCCAAUGGCGCUUGCUGUUUCUUUUGCUCCUCUGGUGCUGUUAACCUGUGUAAUGACCUGACUUGUUUCUGAUGCCAGGAAUUAUCCAGAAAACCUAUUAAAGUCCCUCCUCCUGCUCCCUGCCUCAUUCGCCCUCCCUUGACCGCCCCUCCACCCCCUCGAGCGUGCCGAGAGAGAGGGACAUUUGUUGAUGGAGGACUGCUUUCAGAGGCGCACUCUGGGGGAGGGAAUUACCAUGGAAACAGACCCUUCAUGCCGACUUCUCCCUUCAUCUUCCUCUACGCCCCUACUCCACCUCUGGCAGCCAUCAGUAGAAGUAGACGAAAAUCCUUCAGUGUUUGCACACAUGUAUACACACACACACACACACUCUAGAUCCCACUCGUCCGUCACCAAUCAACCCAUUUCCUCUCCGAGUUCAAGAAGCAUUUAAUUAUGAGAUAAGCAUUGGUUAAAAACUAUUCAGACUCUACACACAAAAACACAUACAUGCACAAGUCCUGUAUGCACAACAAACUCUGGGAUGUAUUAUCCACGAUGAACAAUACCGGAGAACCAGAAGGCGUGCAGAAAUCUGAGGAGGGAGGACGGGAGAGGAGUUUUGUGGAAAGUCCAAACAGCCGACGCGGACGCUUGCCGGAUUGUAUUUGUUUGCUUUUUAAUGUACUUUCUUUGUGAUGAACUGGGUUUGAAUCGCUGAUUUUACUAGACUUAAUACUAUUGCUGCAAAACAGACUGGAAUUGUGAUUUCAGAGAGGGGGU